AUGAGUAACGGAAAAGUUAUUGUGGCUCUAAGUGGCGGGGUGGACUCCGCAGUAGCAGCCUAUCUCCUGAAAAAAGAAGAUGAAGUAUUUGCCAAUUUUCUCCAAGAACUAAAAAAAGGAAUUACUCCUAAUCCUGACAUUUUAUGUAAUAGUGCCAUUAAAUUUCAUUAUUUUACUGAAUAUGUCAAGAAAAAUUUUGCAGUUGAUUUUAUUGCUACUGGCCAUUAUGCCAAAAUAGUUCAUGAAAAUGGAGAUUAUUAUUUAAGCAAGCCUGCGGAUAAUAACAAAGACCAGACUUAUUUUCUUUGUCAAAUCAAUCGUAAUUUACUGAGCAAAAUAAUUUUCCCUCUGGCUAAUUUAACUAAAAAAGAGGUGCGCCAAAUGGCCGAAGAAGUAGGAUUAAUUAACGCUAAAAAAAAGGAUUCAACCGGCAUUUGUUUCAUUGGUGAGCGCAAGUUUGAAAGUUUUUUGGCUAAUUAUUUUCCCAAAAAAGAAGGAAAAAUAAUAGAUGUUAACAGCAAAAAGGUGCUUGGCAAACAUUCGGGAAUUCCCUAUUUCACAAUUGGACAACGGCGCAGUUUAGGAUUGCAAGGACAAAAAGAACCUCACUAUGUAGUGGGGAAAAGUGUGGAAAAAAAUAUAGUUUAUGUGGCUAGUGAAGAAAAAUUAAAAGAAUGUUUGCAUAGUCAAAAAAUAACGGCAAAAUUUCGUUAUCGGCAACCGGAAGUUUCGGUAAAAAUUUUUCCAAUUAAGGAAUUUGAGGAAUUAAAAGUAGAGUUUGAAGAAAAACAAAGAGCCAUUACUCCCGGACA